GUCAUGCGGUAGGUUGCGUCGUACACAAAGUCACCUCGUCGUGUCAGACCGGGAGAAGCUCCUGACAGCUAGCAUCGUUAGCAGCGGUCACAACACCGCCGGAAAAGGUCGAUAGCAGGACGGCAGCAUCUUCUCUGAGCUUCACACCACUCUGUGAUUUAUCUAAACCUCACAAAGCUUUUUAAAGUCUCUAGCUACUCGGCGAGCUAACCGUUUUGCGAGCUCGCUGCAAGUUUCCGCUCAUCUUUCACCUUCAUUGCCAACACCUUCAUCAUGGCUGCGCUCAGAGCGUCCUACCACAGGAUUUUGGACAGGAUCGAGCACAUGCUGCCCGCCAAGCUGAGACCUGUUUACAACCACCCAGCAGGUCCGAAAACUGUUUUCUUCUGGGCCCCGAUGUUCAAGUGGGGUCUGGUUAUGGCUGGUUUGGCUGAUAUGACUCGACCAGCAGAGAAACUCAGUACCUCCCAGUCUGCAGUGCUGACAGCCACAGGGCUGAUCUGGUCCAGAUAUUCUUUGGUUAUCAUCCCGAAAAACUGGAACCUGUUUGCCGUCAACUUCUUUGUCGGUAGUGCCGGAGCUUCACAGCUUUACAGGAUCUGGAGGUACGAACAGGAUAAGAAGGCACAGGCUAAAGAGGCUGCGGAGUCCUGAGGGUUCUCCUGGUAUCAGCUGCAGCGGACUAAAAGGGAGACUUCUUAUCAUCUCUACAUCACACCAUGUUGUCUCCAUAACAUCCAUGCCAUAAUAACCAUUGUUCUACCACAUUAAGCCUGUUGUCCCUGUUGGAAAUAUGCACUUUUCCUUAAGUUUCAGAUUUCCUCAGGGUGAAUUGGGAGAAGAAAAACAAACUUUUUUUUUUUUUUUUUUUUUUUUUAUAACUGUAGUCAACACAUGCUCAAGAAUUGUGGUCAUAAACGCACAAAUACUUGUUCAACACACAUUCUGUGAUUGUACAGUGUUUAAUUUAACUUCAUGCUUUAUAUCUCAUGCACUAGCUGGGAAGUUUUUGCUUUUUCCAUCAUCAUUUUUCAGGUGUAGCAAUCAGUACCUCAAGCAGACCUUUCCCAAAAAACAUGUAACUCUUGGACUUGUGUUGAACAUGGUUUAAGGAAUAUUACCAGAAGAAAUUAACUUAACCUUUUUGAUUUAUUUAUAAUUUGAUCACCGUGUACCUCUGAGAUCAUUAAAUUGUUAUUGAUUACCAUGUAAUGAUUCCUUCCAUCUUAAUGGCUUUAAAUCUGUGUGAACUCAAAUGCUGAUUCAUGAAUCACUUGAUUUAAAAAGUUUUCUUGUAGUCAAACUGUAUAGGAAGACACUGUUAUUUUCUAACUGUGUAUCAGGAAUUCUUACCUAAUGCGACAUAUUUAACCUGUGAAGCCUUGUAUUGAUUGUCACCACAGAGUUAACCAGCAAAAACUGGUACUGACAUGCUAACAGUUCUUUAUUAUCAAAAUGUUGCUGUUCUGAUGGUGUUUUAUAUAUAUAUAUAUUUUUUUUUUGUGUAACAAUAAUUAUUUGAUGUGUUCCCACAGAUUAACCCCCCCCUGACUAAUUUAGCAAUAAUUAGUGUUAUCACUUAAUUUGAUGACUGUUUGAACAAAUGGCACUUUUGAGGAUUGAUUGUUAUGGCUCUGUGAUGACUGUCUAAUGCUAAUAAAUAUGCUUAGAUGCCGA